AUGCUACGCUCAGCCGCAUUCCUGCUGGCGUUAGCAGCAACGGGACUUGUCCAAGCUGAUACAUUGUGUUCCCUGCCGCCAGUGACCUACGCAAAGGCCAAAACCGCGUACCCAGCGUCGGCAUUCGCUAUCGAAGCGCUGGAGAAAUAUGGUAUUGCGACCUGGUAUUCGGAUCGCAAAGAUAACGGAGACUAUGCUCAGACAGCUGCCAACCUGGUGUCAUCCUGCCCCGAAGACUCGCGGAUCAGCGUCGUAGUUCACGGCCUACCCAACAAAAACUGCGCUGCCAAGGAAUCGGCGGUGGGUAGUACCGUGCAGUCUGCGUCGGACUACGUGGCAUUUCUCAACACACUUACGUCAACUAUCGGCAAGAGGAAAGUGUUGUAUAUCCUCGAACCAGAUGCCAUCGGACUUUUAGCGGACACCACAGCUUGUGGCCAAAGUGCCGGGUACCUCGCCAACUUACAGACGGCGAUUAGUCUACUGUCCCAGAACGAAAACGCGAAGAUUUAUCUGGACGUGGGCAAUCAGACUCUCGAGAAUCCAGCAACCUCUACCGCCGUGACCGAUAUUGUGAAGCAGCUUGCGACGGCUGGUUCGAAGGUGAAGGGCAUCUCGCUCAACACCUUCAACUAUCAGUCAUCCAGCAAACUCUCGACACUAUGUAGCAGCUUUCAGAGCGCAAUUGGCUCCACAGAUCUCCACUGUAUCUUCGAUACUUCCCGCAAUAGAAAUGGUGGUAACGAGUGGUGCAACGUGAAGAGUGCGGGAAUUGGGGCGCUCCCCACCGAUCAAACAGGGAUCCGCAAUGUGGACUACUUCCUUUGGGGCACGCCGCCGGGCGUCAGUGACGGCACAUGCCAAGGUCAUACAGCUGAUUCCAUACCCGGUCCAGGCGCUGGUGUGUUCUUUAACGAACUGUUCCAGUCGCUCUGGAACCAGGGAAUUUUGGUUGUCGAGAAGGGAUACCCUUCUAUCGACGGCAUGGGUCGCAGCUUAACACCUUCGGCAUCGGCGAACCAGGAACAGCAGAGCCAGGACCAAAACGAGGAGCGCCAAGCGGUCACAUACAAUGCAACCGCUCCACCGAACUCGUCAAAGACUAGCGAAACGUUGACCCCUGCAUCACCGAUCCCAGUGUCAAAGGCACAGCAGGUCUCGACAGAGAGCUCACGUACCUCGACAAUGGGGACGGGAGUGAUCAUCUUUAUCGCGCUCGUGGCUGCCGCAGUGGUGGCUCUCGCUGUUAUUGUGGGCAUACGUCGCCGACAGAAGAAGAUGGUUAACGCAGCUAAGACGCCGGAGCUGUCUGCGUUGGCCCCGCUACCGACGACCAUUGUGGACUUCCGCCCUCAUAUUAGGACAACACCAGCUAGAGACUCCAACAUCCUCUAG